CCAUCACUUAUCGUAUCGGCCUGGGAUCGGACGAUCAAGAGAGUCCCAUUCCUAGAUACACUCGUCGCAAAGUAAACCAUGGCUUCCAGACGCGGCGUUGGAAUUGGCGCCUUCGCAAACCGAAAUCAAGCUUCCCAGUCAUAUGCCAAUCAUGGCGCAAACCUCCGCUCCAGUCACCUCUCCUCUCUGCAGACCCAACUGUCGGUCUUUCAGUCUCUAUUGCACAGCUUCGCUCUCGAACAUGGCCCGACAAUCAAGUCUAACCCGACUUUCCGUGCGGAAUUCGCGCGCAUGUGCAAUGCCAUCGGCGUUGACCCAUUAGCAGCCAGUAAUGUGAAGGGUAGAGGCAGCCGGAAGGGCCUCGUGCCCGGUCUGGCGGAAGGCGGCAGUUUCUGGACCCAGAUCCUCGGCGGAGAUAUGAACGAUUUUUAUUUUGAAGUCGCAGUGCGAGUUGUCGAAUUAUGUCGAGAAACCCGAAGUGAGAAUGGCGGUCUUAUUGGCGUCGAAGAAUGUCGAAAGAGGGUCGGUAGGGGGAAGGCAAUUGGUGGUGGACUCGAAGUCACAGAUGACGAUAUCUUACGAGCCGUGAAAUCACUCGAGCCCCUUGGAUCUGGCAUCAAUAUCAUCAGCGUCGGUAGCAAGCAAUUCAUCCGCUCAGUGCCCAAGGAACUGAACACCGAUCAAGCGACAGUCCUUGAAGUUAUUCAGCUCCUCAAUUUCGUCACCGUCUCUAUGCUACAGCUAAAUCUGAAUUGGGAGAAAGCGAGAGCUCAGACAGUCAUCGAUGACCUGUUGGCCGAUGGUCUAGUCUGGGUAGAUACCCAGUGCGAAGAGAAUGAGUACUGGUCGCCGCAGAAUCUGUUGGAUGAUAGUGGAUGAGGAGAAGGGUGUCUUCCUGAUAAGUUACUUUUGUCUCCCAUAUACGGGACUAUGAGAUGCCGGUGCGGAGUUGGGGUCAUACCAUAUAGGUGGAUAAACCACUAUCUGCAGGUGGUCCCUUGCACCUAGGUGCGGAACCAGACUAUCCUGAGUCCCCGACUGGGCCCAUGGAACCAUCGCCCUUGGAAUAGGCGUAACAGUGGUCUCACGGUCUGAAUAUGGAUACGAGGCGGUAUAUUUUGAUACCUGCUGACGGUGCCAGUUGUGACAGCUUCUCAGUCCGUUUAUGCCACCCUCAGCGGGAAAGACUGGCGCAGCUGCGCCAAGGGAGUUCUCAGCCAUGAUUACGACAUAUAUAUAGACUUCUAGUCUUCUGCAUCCUCAGAAAGAGCUCAUUGUGGAUAUACGGUGACCCAUUGCACUAGU